AUGGUAACCAAGGGCACAGUGCUAAGGCAUUGUAUUUUCCAAAAUGACAUUAAAGUAGACAAGGCCAAAGUGGAAGUUAUUGAGAAGCUACAUCCUCCCACUAAUGUGAAGGAAGUAAGGAGUUUUCUAAGACAUGCGGGCUUUUAUCAAAGAUUCAUCAAGGACUUUUCUCAAAUUGCUAUAUCUUUUUGUUCACUUUUGGAGAAAAAUAAGAAGUUCGUUGUGGAUGUUAAAGUCCUUAAGUCCUUUGAGAACAUCAAAUCAAAGCUGGUAAAUGAUCAAAUUAUCUUAGCACCAGAAUGGAGUUUACCUUUCGAAUUAAUGUGUGAUGCUAGAGACCAUGUUGUAGGAGCAGUUCUAGGGAAGCGAAUGGAGAAAAUAUUCCAUGAUAUUCAUUAUACUAGCCGAACCUUGAAUUAUGCUCGGGUCAAUUACACCACAACCAAAAAAGAGUUGUUUCAUGUGGUGUUUGGUUUUGAUAAAUUUUACCCACACGUGGUUGGAACCAAGAAGUUCGUGAUAAAAGGGGUCAAAAACCAAGUGGCAUAUUACUUGUCUCGCUUCGAAUUCGGAAGUGAGGAUGGAAACAAACUUGUGAUUCUGGAUGUUUUCCCUGAUGAGAGAUUGCUGGCCAUCGAUGCUUUACCAUGGUAUGUGGACUUUGUGAACUAUUUAGCUAUUAGUAUGCUGCCACCAGAUAUUAAUCAUCAAGACUAUGUGUCUAAGUGGGUUGAAGCUAUAGCAUUACCUUCAAGUGAUGCUAAAGCAGUUCUACGACUCCUACACAAGCAUAUUUUUACCCUCUUUGGAACACCAAGAGCUUUUAUUAGUGAUGAGGAUUCCCAGUUUGUUGGAAGGCAACUAGACAAGAAAUAUUAUGGCAAUGCUAAGCCACUCCCUUUAGAAUCAGUCAUAAUUGCACGCUGCACAGGUGCAAUAUUGGCAAUAUGCCUAGGCCAGAGAUGUAGCGGUGAAGAAGCUGUCAGCAAAGAUGUUCAAGGAUGGCAAGCUGCAAAGAUAGAUGAUGGGGAGCAUACAAUAGAGACCGAGGCUAGAACUGAUGAAGUGGAAGAAGAAGAAAGAACUGAGAAAGAGGAGGAAGUGGAAGUGGCUGAUUCGGCUGCAUCAACAAUUAUAUAG